CAAAUCUCCAAUUUCUCUAGUUGAUCCACCAAAUUCAUUUUUUCAGCUAUGAAUAUAUAUCAAUUAGACCCUCAUAUUAAAACUCUUUUGAGUCUUGAUAAUUUUCUUGGAGAUUUGUCUGUCCAUGAGUUCAUUGAAGAAAUAACGAAGGACAACGAUGCUACUGAUACUCUGAAGGAUCGAACUGCCCCAAUCAACAACACUAACAAUAAUCAAGUCAUUUUUGAUCCAAAGCCUUUUAUUAGAACUUUUGAAUCGACGUUAAAGGAAUUGAAGCAGGUUAAUAAUACGGUCAGUCACCAGAAACUAUUACUUGAAGAUGAUGUUUCAAACUUUGAAUUAAACCACUCUUAUAACAUUAUCACUUUGAACACCCAAGUUCAGUCUUUGAACUUGAAAUUUAAUUCUUUAGACGAAAAAAUUCUUAAUGUUUCCAAAUUAAUCAACCCUUUAGGUGAAAAAUUAACCAAAAUCACAAAUCUUCAAAAGAGAAAUGUGGAAACCAUUUUUAUUUUGAAAUGCUAUGAUGAAUUUUAUAAGCUUGGCUUUUCAAAUGAUUUAAACAAACUAUUAUCUUCUCAUAUUCAUCAAGAUCAUGAAAUUCUAGCCAACUAUCUAUCAAAGCUAUCAAAUUUAAGUGAAAAAAUACAAACUCAAGAUAUUCCUAAAACAAUUUUUACUCACGAAAUAAUUCAAUCUUUUGCCAAAAAUUUUGAAUCAAACUUAUUAAAUGAUUUUAACCAGGCUUAUCUUCAAAAUAAUUCAACUAAAAUGAAACAAUCUGUUGACUUAUUAACUGGCUUUAAUGUUCAUUCUGACAUUGUUUCCAUUUUUAUUGAUAACCAUCAAUUUUUCAAAUUUCUCUCUGAAAAUCCUUUUCAAAUUGAUGAAAACAAUCAGUUUUGGUCAAAUCUAUCUGACUGUAAUUUGCAACAGGUCUUCUAUAAUUCAGACUUCAAAUCAUUUCUCAACAACAUUAAACUGCGAUUAAUUGAUCUGGAACUUAUCAAUAUUCUUAUGACAUACAAAAAUACUCCAAAAAUUAUUUUUUUAAAAGUUUUUGAACUCUUUAUUAAAUAUUUAUACAAUAAAAUCAUAAUUCCUAGCAUUUCCAUGUUAUUAGAUUAUUCCAAAACUUUGAGCAAUCUUAGUUUUGUUCGUUUAUUACACUCAUCCUUCUUAUUACUAAAUGAUUUUACUAAAAAUUUGAAAAAGUUUUUUCAAUCAUCACAACUCAACAUAGACCAAACCUCUAAAAAAUUUGAUGAUCUUGAUUUGCCAAUUGAAUUCAAUGAAAAAAAUUCACAACCAAUCAACAAAAUAUUAACUAAUAACACCUUCCUUCAAAUAUACGAAGACCUAAGUAAUUUACUAGAUCAACUAGCUCAGGAUUGCUUUUCUGAAUACAUAAAUAACAAAAAUGACAAAUAUUUUGAUUUAGAAAAAAAAUCUUUAGAAGAUAUAAUUUUAAAUACAACUCUACCAUUUGAAAUCAAAAAUGAAAAGGCUAUUAAAGAAAAAAAUUUGAUGUCCAGAAUUAAUAAUGCAGAUUCAAUUAAAUCUCUAAAUGAUUCAAAUUCCAUCUCUAUAAACAAUUUUUCUAAUACAAAUAUUUUACCAAAAAGCAAAGGUAGCUUAAGAAUUGAAAACAAUAAAUUAGUUCAAUUAAGGCAAUUUAUGAAUUUUUAUCACAACAAUUUAACCAAAUCCGAAAAAAAUGCUAUUCCAUCCAACUAUGCUGCUAACGUUGAUGACUGCUUCUCCGACAUCAGUUUUGAAGCUGUUGAUAGAGUUUUAAAAAGCUCUGUGGAGUCAAUAUCCAGAAUCCUUGAAUUAAAGCCCAAUAAAAUCCCCGAUUAUUUAUUAGAAGUUGUUCAAAUUUUGAUUUAUGGUAUUGGAACAAAUUACUUGGAUUUUGGCUUUGAAGUCUCUUACCAUAAGUUGAUUCACUUAGAUUAUAAAAAUUCUUCUGUUAAAACUAUUGAUUUAUACUACUUAUUUAUUAUCAAUAGGGCCAUCGAGUUAUUGAAUUGCUUAACAAAUUUCAUUAGUAUGUUUAUAGUUCCAUUGGUGAAUAAUUCAUUUGAUAUCAAAAAGAGGAUUAUUAAUUUGGUUAAUGGUUAUUUAACUUCUUGUGAGAUUUCUCUUAAUUUAAUUGUCAAAGGAACCGUGGACAUCAUCAAUCAUAAAAUUCUGUUAAUGCUCAAUAAACAAAAGAAAAAAGACUUUUUGAUAAAGCAGGGAAAGUUCAACAAUUUACUACCAUCCUCUUUCCAAUCCACCACUAACUCUAUCUAUGGAAGCAUGAAUAACAACGAUAAGAACUUGGAAAACUUUUUAACAGAAGUUGGUUUAUCCCUAUUAAGUUUAUUGUUGCUUCAUUUUAAAAAGUUUCAAGUUAAUUCAGUUGGCGGUUUGGUACUAACUAAAGAUAUUAUAAGAUAUCAAUCUGUGAUUGAUAGCUGGAGUAUUGAAUCACUAUCCGACAAGUUUUCAAUUUUGAGAGAUAUUGCCAAUCUUUUUACUGUUCAAUCGGAAUACAUCCACAGUUUAAUAAAGGAAAGCCAAAAAUUAAUGAACAUAAAUAUUUCAUUGCUACUUCAAUUUAUUUCCAAGAGAUCUGAUUAUGAUAAUAAUAUGUUAAAUAAAAUUAUUCAAUAG